AUGGCUAGCUUGGUGCGAGCAUCAGCGAUUCCGUCGCACACGUGUAUCGUGGGCGGCGUACGCAAGGAGUGCGCAAUGAGUGCGAGGCCUUGCUCUCUGCACAAUGCGCAUCUCCCUGGGCUACGCUUCCUCUGCUCUUCAUCCAGUAAAAUGACCCAUUUAGAACUUCCCCAGACAGGCAGAGAGAAGCGAGCAAGCACCCGUGAGCAAGCAAGCCCUCCACAUUCUUGUGUGGCCUCACCAACUGCUGCUGUGCAAUGCACCACACGCUUUCGGGCAGGUUCAUCUCACACGCAGCGCGCAUGCACCGUCGUGCUAGUCUCCGCCGUCAGCGCGGGAGACUGUUGGGUGCCUUCUGGCAUGGUGCUGUCCUGGCAGGUGUUAGCUUGCGCCUACGAAGCGGUGCGAGGCACGGAGAAAAAGCAAGUGCGCAGCCCAACGCCAGUUUAG